AUGCCGGAGUGUGUACGACGGUUUUUUAUUGAGAUUCUUCCGAAGUAUCUUCUGAUGAAACGACCGCUCGACCACACCAUCAUAAGAAGAAAGAACCGCGAACGACGUUCAGCACACCUCAGAGCAAUAACCAGUUCGCCAGCGGAAUGUCCGAACACAAUCUCGGUCUCCUUUCGCCGACUACGUUUCGAACUUCGUUUGCAGCGGGAUCUGCCGAGGACACCUCAUACUCAUCACUCCAACGGUAUCAUUUCAAUUCGCUUUUCUCGGAUAACCCUAGCUUGUGUCGUUCCUCACUGA